AUGCGUUUACAAUCUAAUAAUCAAGUUCGAUCACAAAUACCUCUUUGGAAAUGUAUUUUCGUUGUACUUGUACUAUAUGUUUUACAAGGUGUUACGUUAGGUAUAGCCGAUGUUAUAUCACUUUACGUAGCUUCAAAUGGUGCAACAUGGAAGCAACAAAGUGCUUUAACAUUGAUUAUGUAUCCAUUUAGUUUGAAAUUACUUUGGGCUCCUCUCAUUGAUGUUUUAUAUAUACGUCAAUUAGGUAGACGACAAACUUGGUUAUUACCUAUUCAAAUAAUACUUGGCAUAAUGUUCAUUAUUCUUUCAUUUUAUCUUGAACAAUUACUUACACAAUUAUAUAUAACUAAUCUUACAAUUAUUUUCUUUUUUAUCAUUCUUUUCAUUGCUACACAAGAUAUAUGUGUUGAUGGAUGGGCAUUAACUUUAUUUACUUCAUCGAAUAUUGUUUGGCAAUCGAUUUCACAAAUGAUCGGUCAACCAUUAGGUUUAUUUCUCGGUUCGUCAGUUCUUCUUACAUUCGAAUCGGCCAAUGCAACUAAUAAAUUAAUUCGUCAACCGUUAGGUUUUGCUCAACAACCAUAUGGAUUAUUUACUUUAGCACAAUUUUUAAGAUUUUGGGGUAUUAUGUUUUUAAUUACAACAUGUGUUGUUACAAUACUCUUUCGGAAACAUCAUCAAGAUUCUACUAAUAAUGAACAACAACAUAAUCAUUCUCAAUUGAACUUACUUGAAACAUACUUAUAUAUCAUUCGAUUGUUUAAAAGAAGAACUUUUCAUAAACUUCUUUUCUUAAUCAUGACUCCACAUUUUGGAUACGCAGCUACGGCUGCUAUGACUCAUCUUAUAUUACUCAAUCAAAACAUACUUACACGUGAAACAUACGGUUUAAUUACAAUGCCUCUUAUACUAAUUAAAAUUACUGUACCACUUCUUCUUUCACGAAUUGAUCGACCAUUAGUCUUCUAUGGACAAACUUAUAUGCCUCGUCUCAUAUUAGGUAUAUUUAUGGCUCUAUUUAUUUACUUUGCAUCACGUUUACAGUCUUAUUCGAUUAUCUUCUACAGUCUUCUCAUCAUUUUAUUUGGUCUAAGUGAUGCCUUUACUUAUCUUCAAGGUACUGCACGUGGUGCUUUCUUUGCUUAUAUAACUGAUAAACGUAUUGGUUCUACAUAUCUUACAUUUCUAACAUCUUUACAUAAUCUUGGAGGAUCUCUUUCGGGAACUCUAGUUUUGCAUACUGUUAGUUGGUUACCCAAAGAGCACGCUUAUUACAUUGCAGUUGGUGUCUGUUUUGUAAUAGGGUGUAUAUGGCUUUGUUUUUCAUGGAAAAUGAUGUAUCAACUACAAGAUUUACCUGUUGAACACUGGCAUUUGAAACUUCAUAAACAACAAGAUGAAGAACAUGGUGAACAGCAAUAUCCGAUGAUAACAGCAGUUAAUGGAAGAGUAUAA